UGUAUCAUGACAACUUUAACAAGGCAAGACCUCAAUUUUGGACAAGUGGUUGCUGACAUUUUGUGUGAGUUCCUGGAAGUUGCCAUUCACCUCAUCCUUUAUGUCCGCGAAGUCUAUCCCUCUGGAAUAUUUCAGAAGAGAAAGAAGUACAAUGUACCUGUGCAGAUGUCAUGUCACCCUGAGCUGAAUCAGUACAUUCAAGAUACACUUCACUGUAUAAAGCCGCUUAUUGAGAAGAAUGAUGCUGAGAAGGUGGUUGUCGUCAUUAUGGACAAGGAACAUCAUCCAGUGGAGAGAUUUGUGUUUGAGAUAUCUCAACCACCACUGCUUUCGAUCAGCUCGGACACAUUACUCUCUCACGUGGAGCAGCUGCUGAGGGCAUUUAUUUUAAAGAUUAGUGUGUGUGAUGCUGUUUUAAAAAAUAAUCCACCAGAGUGUUCAUUCACAGUGUUAGUUCAUACAAGAAAUUCUGCGACGCGCAACAUGGAAAAGGUUCAAGUCAUCAAGGAUUUCCCCUGGAUAGUUGCUGAUGAGCAGGAGGUUCACAUGCAGGAGCCCAGACUCAUCCCAUUGAAGACCUUGACAUCUGACAUAGUGAAGAUGCAGCUCUAUGUGGAGGAGAUAGCCCAGAAGACGUAG